AGUCGCUUACGGGAAAAGGCGCAAGAAAGUCACACCUUAGCAAACGCUGGCAGUGCACCGCAUCGAAGUUGUUUCUUCCGCUAGCAGCAGUCUCUUACCCUGUCGUUGAUAACGAGCGAGCGCGCGCGCGAUGGUCAACGGCGCGUCGCCUCGGUCUUCUCUGUUCAGUCACCGUGCAAAUCUCGUGAAGUUCACAUCGGUGGCCACCGGACGCGAAACGGAACUUUUUGCUGUGUGUGUUUGUGUUUGUGGGACGAUUAGGAGCCGAAUUUGGAUUGGCCUGCUACAACAAGUGGCAGCUGGAAUGUGAGAACGUGAAGUGCAUUCGAAUCGCGUUACUGCAGCGAUUAUCCAGUGAUGAUGGGAAGCGUGAUUUUGUGCGAUACAACCGACUGAUACAUAUUGGGGAAGCAAUUUUAUGUGCCAUAAACGGUGGAAAUGCGCCGAUGACGUUAAUGUGCUUGACUAUGGAUGAAUUGAUGUCCAGCUGCUCGAAAAAGACGUAAAUGUUAGAUAGUGCUUACUUAGUGGCAGACUGUUGCAGUCAACUCUACCGCGCGUCACUAAAAUUAUGGAGGCGCACGGUUGCUUUAUUGCUAGAACGUUGUAAAGCAGCUUCACCUCACUGUUACUAAUCAAUUAGAUUCAAAAUCUCUCCAUGUACCAAACCUUAUGUAAUCACUCGAAACAGUCUACUGUGUGGUGUGUGAAAUGAGCCGUUACGGACAAACCCUUAGACUGCAGAUGAUAAGCAUUAGACUGUAGAAUCCAGCAUAAUACAGUAUGGUUUUAUCCGCCGAUACCAGGAAACAACUUGCCUAGCAGUGGAUUCUGAUUCAUCCCCGAACAAAGUAUAGUGCUUGUGGUAUUGGCAGUUAAUCAAAACGAGCAAUCCCACACCGUCAAAUCGUGAAUCAUAGGCCGAAAAGAAGAGCGUCAAUUAUGUGGCAACCGGAUCAAUGGAAGAAAAUGUACUGAGAAUGCUAAACAUUGAAGCCAAUUAAAGAAAGUGAGUGGAACUAAUUAACCAACAUGACAAGAAGUGGAGAUGUAGUGAAGCGACUUAGAUGUGAAAAUGUUGUAGUGGAGAAUAUAUAGAUUGAUAAUUUGAAGCUGUGGUUAAUGCCAAUCUUUCAACGGAAGCAUAGCUGGUGCUUAAUAUUGGCGACCAUCUUGGAAUGCAAAAAAGGUUCCUAGCAUUGCUGGUGGUUUCCACCGGAUAUCCCAGUGCCGCAGAAACGUCGACCCUUUGAAGCACCACCACUUCCUUUUUCACCCAGGGGAGCGUGCAACCGGAUAAAGUUCAUCUAAUGGGUCACCGGAACCGGAUGCUCGUGCCACAAUCCGAACCACCAAUGAAAUUUAACGGCUUAUCGCGUCCGAUGUGUGUUUUCCAUGCGAUGGUUGCCAGACAGAGACGGAAAAAUCAAAGGGAGAUAAAUAAAUGAACGAGGUGUUAUUUGGCGAGAUGUGAAUUAUCGCGGUUCUGGCCGACGGAAAAGUUAAGUGAAAAUUCUAGUGAACAAGACAGCCGUCCGGAGGAAAAUAUUGUCCAUACCGCAACCAAAUCUUUUUCGAUUUGUUGAUCGUGAACCAGGGAUUAAGGUUCCGUGUGUGAGUGCGGUUUAUAAAACAGUGUGAUACACGUGGGUGCUAACUAGUAAAGUAUAGAGUUUAGACAAAAAGGUUGAGAUAGUUCAAUGACCGACAUCGACUUCGUCGGCGAGCAUUACUCGUAUAAUGGCACAGAUGUGGCUGACUGGAACAUUACGACCCGUUACGUGUCGACCACCGGUGAGGGCAGGUUAGACGUUACGUACGCCGUUUUCGAGGGCCUGGUGGCACUGAUGGCCGUGGUCGGCAAUGCCAUGGUAAUUGUGGUGUUCAAACGCGAACGGCGCCUUCGCAGACGGACUAACUUCUACAUAGUGUCGCUGGCCACGGCCGAUUUCCUGGUUGGACUGCUGGGAGUUCCCUUUGCAGUGCUAUCCUCCGUGGGUCUACCACGGAAUCUCCACGCAUGCCUUUUCACCAUCUCGUUACUGAUCGUACUGUGUACGAUUUCGAUCUUCUGCCUGGUCGCUGUAUCCGUCGAUCGGUACUGGGCCAUUCUACAUCCGAUGGCGUACUCACGGAACGUUCGCACGAAAACUGCAAUAGUUAUCAUCAGUUUGUGCUGGCUGGCCGGUUCCAUCAUCGGGUUUCUUCCGCUAUUCGGAUGGCACGAAACGCCCCAAGUCGACACCUGUCUGUUCCUCAAAGUCAUGGACUAUGACUAUUUAGUUUUCCUCUACUUUUCGACAAUCAUCACGCCGGCACUUAUCAUGCUGGCAUUCUACGCACACAUAUAUCGAGUAAUAAUUAAGCAACUCCGUCAAAUCGUUACGAUGAAUCCAUCCGGAGGGCUUUCAUCGGAAAGCCGUCGUUCUUCAGAGAGCAGCCGCAUCCGAAUAUCGGCCAUAAAACCUGGCCGCUGUAAAUCUAAUGGACACGGGGGUACGAUGCUGAGAGUUUUGGGCGCCGCGCAGAAACGAGAAGUGAAGGCAACCCAGAACCUAUCGAUCAUUGUGCUGUUCUUCAUGAUCUGCUGGAUUCCUUUGUACACCAUAAACUGUGUCGUGGCUUUCUGCCGCGACUGUACAAUUCCACCCACGUUGAUGUUGUUUUGCAUUAUCCUUUCCCAUCUUAACUCGGCCGUGAAUCCUUUGCUGUACGCUUAUCAUCUGAAGGAUUUCCGGGCGGCCCUAAGGAAUCUCAUUCUCAGCAUGCUGGGGUAUGAUGUCACCACCCAAGAGUUGAACUAUCGGGCCUCACUGGCCAGUCAACAGCAGCAAAUCAUCCAUCGACAUUCCAUUAUGGACAAAAGGUUUUCGUUGCAACCUAAAGUUUAUAUAGAUUCCCCAGUAUAUUUCCGAGCCCAACAGCAACUUCGACGGCAACAAUCUGAGCUUCUCCAGAGGCAUUCUCUUGAGCGUUCGGAAAGUGGUGCUUCGUACAACAGUCUGAAUAAAAAGCGCUUGAUCAGUACUACCCGCUCCGAUCCAGGCUCUCCGAACGUUGUAAUCAGUACCUCGGCAAUCAGUGCAAGCCCUGUCGAAUCUAAUUGCUCCUCUCCUCAACGGUAUGAUCUACGACCCAUGGAUGGAAUCCAGCGAAACAGUUUUAGAAUGUGGGGAAUAGCAGAAGUGUCCAGCAUUAACGAAGACAGUAUUCAUAGGAAAUCCCUUGAAGAUGAUGACCGCGGAGGACUGGUGCUGAUUUGUAACGGUACCGAGGAACCAAUCAUCGAAAACAACGAGAGCAUAGAGCAAAUGACCGAGGAGGUUAACCUGGAGGACAUUGGCCAAGACUUUUCGGCAGACGAAGUCCAGCAGACACUAGACUUACCGCCUAGUCAUACAGAGGAGGAUAGGAAUAUCAGCUCGCUGUAUAAUAUUGUGACCUCCAAACGAAGGAGUCGAAGCACGUGCUGUAUUUUACAGGACACCACCAUAACCACCCAAUCCGUGAAUGAUUCCGUCUAUUUGAUAGAGGAUCAUUCCCCUACUAAAAUACUCGCUAAACACGUCUCACGUAACAGCGCCAACAACAAUAGUGUCAAUUGUGAAGCCGAUUGCGCUUACCUUCGUAGUCUCAACCUAGUCGAUAACGUGAACAACAAUAGUCAACUCUGUAAUCAUGUCUCUAGUCCAAAUUCCUCGCUGCCUGGGGAAACCCCAACGAUACCAUCCCGGCAUAGAUCCAUGAGCAAGUCGUUUUCGCUAUUUAACAGCGUUCAGCAUGCCAACUCAUCACCGAAGCCACACUCGCCGAUUAUCCCUUUGACCGAUAGUGGCGAAUCAUCACAUUCCAGCCUUUUCAAGCUGUUCAGCUCCAGCGGGGCAAAGCAGCGAGUGCGUAGUCUAAGGUUUAACAAACGUUCUUUGUCCAACGACAAAUAAAUCUAUUUCGGAAAAAAAAUGCCUAGCUGUAAGUGUAACUGUGAAGUAUUUGAUAUGUUUAGAUCUUUCUCCGAUGUGCUAGAGAAAAUAAAGCCAAAACCAUAUCUCUCAUUAAAA